AUGACAUUAUUCUCUGCUUUAUCCAACCUUAGUUUUAACUCUUCAAUGAAGAAAUCUGACUCUGUUGUAACAAGUCACUCUUCAAACCAAGCAACUUUAAUUGUCUUUAGUGAUAAUCAAGUCUCCAAAAAAGCUCCAGGCAAACCCCCAUAA